AUGGAGGAGACAAAACUGCACCACCAAGAACCAUCGGCUAAGCGCAGGAGGGUGCGCAAAGGAACGCGGUCAUGCUGGGAAUGCAAGCGGCGGAAGAUCCGGUGCAUAUUCUCAUCUGCCGACGAUGUCGCUUGCAUCAGCUGCCAGCACCGGCGUGCUCCUUGCGUCAGUCAGGACAUGCCCGAGGAUUUGUCUCCGUCAAGAAAAGGCAACCGGCAUCUCAGCGAACGCAUCGCAAGAGUCGAAGACUUCAUCAAGGACUUUGUGGCUAGCAAACAUGCCGAAGGAGAGCCACUGCAAGAUAGGCAUUUGGAUCAACCAAAGGCUCAAUCAGACGAUUCAGCGACCCCAUCAACUCGGGCUACACAGACGGAGGACUCGCAAGGUGUAUCAACUCGGACCAAAACUGAGACAACAGCGCAGCGUCACCUAUGGGCGGCCUUUCCAGCUGAAGACGAUGCCAAAAUCCUGCUCCGGGAGAGCGCAAGACCGUCGCUUUAUACCGCUCUCAUUAACACCCAGCCACAUAGUAAGCUGACACUCGAGUCGGUUGCCGUGCCACACCCGAUGCCUCAACUUCCCGGCCCCAACACUCAUCCGGUCAUUCUGGCCAAACAAAUGCUCAUGUUCGCAAUCACACUACAGAGUCCGUGUGGGGAAAGUGUUCGUGGUCUUUCCGAACCACAAGGCGUACUCAUGAGUCGCUUGAAGACGGCUGUGACGACAUGGAUAACAACCAAGGAGGACAUGCACGGCACGGUCGAGAGCCUGAUUUGCAUCAUCCUAGAGGGUGUCAUUGAGGUGAACUCUGGUAAUCUUCGACGGGCUUGGGUUGUCUAUCGCAGGGCAAUGACAGUAGCCCAAUUGAUGGGCCUGCACCGGUCCCCGAUGCCACCACUGAAACGCAUCGAGCCAGAGCUGCACGCGGACCCCGGUUUUAUGUGGUUCCGCAUCGUGUAUAUGGACCGUUAUCUCAGCCUGCUACUUGGUCUCCCUCAGGGCACAACAGACAAGAGUAUGGGAGCAAUACCGUCUCUGCAGCAUGAACCACCCCUCGGCAAAUUCGAGCGGCAACUCACCGUCAUUGCAUCCUGCAUCUUGGAUCGCAACGAAAGUGCUUUUACCACAAGCGCAACCAUGACAACUCAGUCCAUCGAUUCAGAGCUAUUGAAACUGUCACGGAGCAUGCCCACAAGCUUCUGGCGGCCGGCAAAUUUCUACAAAUUUACCCCUGGAUCGCCGGAGAGCCUGUUGGAAACGGUACGCUUGUCGGCCCAGGUCUACUACUAUGGCCUAUUGAUUCAUCUUCAUCUACCGUAUGUGAUGCAUGGAAUAACCGACAAUGCCGAGCACGAGUACUCCAAGGUUACUUGCGUCAAUGCUAGCCGGGAGAUAAUGACGCGCUUCAUUGCUCACCGGACCUUUAAUCCCAUGUCUUCCUGCUCGCGGCCAGUAGAUUUCUUCGCGCUUCUGGCGGCAAUGACGCUCCUUCUUGCUCAUCUCGACGCCCAUCAACAUCAUCGAAAAGCGACCGACAUCCUCGCUCAUCAACGCUUGAGCGACCGCGCCAUACUAGAGCAAGCCGUGGAACGGAUGGAUGUCAUCAGUAACGUGAACAAGGAUGUAAUAACCGGAAAGAGCGCGGAACUGAUCCGACGCCUACUCGACAUUGAGGCGGACGCAGCCGAGGGACGCAGUUACACUACCAGAAGCGUAGUAGGAGAUGGCGCCGAUGUGGACGAGGGGACUGACAAGAAAGGUGACGAGCUUCGCUUACAUAUCCCGUACCUCGGCGUCAUCAAAAUUGCUCGCCAGGAUCCUAUUUCUUGCGAGCUGCCCGGGCCGCAUCAGAUAUUCCCGGUCGAGUCCCCGCAGAGAGAGUCAACAAUCGCCGUAUCCAAUGAUGCGUUCGCGUCUCUCCCUCAUGCGUCAUCGACGGAGGAACAGCAGCGGCUUAACCAUCUGCACGGCACGACCCAAGACUCACCCUUCCAGGGUACUCUGCCCGCAUCGGACUGGCUGAACGCGCAGUUACAUGAACAGUCCAUUCUGCAAAACCCUAGCCCUAGCCAAGAUGACAUCGCUCUGCAACCGCAUGCGGGGCUCCCUGCCAUCACGGCUGGUGUCAAUGACUGGACUUUUCAAGGGGUCGACAUGGCGUUUUUCGAUAGCUUGAUGAGAGGAAUGCCCGGCGUGGAUGCGGCCGAGUUAGAGGAAAAGAGAGCGGGCCAAUGA